CUCAGUGAGCAGAGCACUUCUCAUAAUGUUUGGUUUUCCGGAUGGAAUGUCCACAUCACUGGGAUCUCUGGGAAAGGGAUAGGUGAAAGAGUAGAGACCAUUUAUCCUCUGAGGAUUUUAGAAGGACAGAGGCCAACAGCACAGCACAGACUCAAACUCCUGAUUGUAAAGGAAAGAGAAUACCAGGAAAUAAAGGAGAAAAAUAGUGAAAGAGAAGCCUCAACGUUAAAGGACGAGCUCACCAAGCUGAAGGCUUUUGCACUGCUGGUCGUGAAGGAGCAACACUGUCUGAGCAAACUGCUGGAGGAACAGAGGCGUCGUGUCAAAGAACUGACCGCCAUCACUGACCACAUCAAGCAGGAGGUCAGUGUUUCUUACCCCAGUAAGGCAGAGCUGAAAUCCCUGCAUCUGGAGGUGGAGCACCGUAGCCAAGUUUCCAUUUUCAACCAAAGCCAGAGCACGAUGACAGCCCCAAGUCUGCUGUCAGAGGUUGAGAUACUGAGGAGAAGGGUCGUGGAAAUGGAGGGAAAGGACGAGGAGCUGAUACGCAUGUGGGACCAGUGUCGAGAACUGGACCGCAGACUAGCGAGGGAGUGUAGCCACUGCCGUAGCUUAAAAAUUGAGGUGGAUAAACUCAAUGGUAGAAUCAGUGAAUUGGACAGGCUAGAGGAGGCUUUAGGUAAGAGUAAACAGGAUUGCAGUAAUCUGAAGGGCAGCUUGGAACAAGAGAGAGAGGUUAGCAGGAUGCUUUCUGAUGAGCUCCACACAUUGAAAGGUAGGGUGAGAGAGCUAGAGGCUGUUGAAGGCCAACUGGAAAAGAGUGAAGGAGUGAUUAAACAGGACUUGGCCAAGCUCAGGUCCCUGACUGUAGCUCUGGUGGAGGACAGAAAGACCACAGCGGAGAGGCUGCGACAGGCUGAGGAAAAACUCAACAGGAAGGAGGGCAAAAGAAAUGAGCAGAGCAAUUUGGCAACAAUGACAGAAAGACUGAGAGAGGAGAGGCAGCAGGCACUGAGGUCUAAGGCAGAUUUAGAGGAACGGAUUAAGGGUAUAGAAAAGCAAAAAGAUGAGCUCCAAGGCAGACUUAAAACAGAAGAGGAGAGGAACAGAGAGCUACAGAGUAAAGUAACCAUAAUGAAGAAGAUGUUACAGGUCUCGGAAAACAUGAAAGAAAGACACAGCUCUAUUCCAAACAACACUAACCAUUGCUGCCAAACAGAGGACAACAAAGUCAAAGAACUGACCCAGGAGCUAGAUAGGUUGCGAAAGAGACUAGGGGACAAGGAGGUGUUGGAGGAAGAACUGAUGAAGGUGGAAGAGGACUUUGAGUCCCUACAAAAGAGGUUCAGGGAGGAACGAAAGAGGUCCCUGGCUCUAACAGAGGAGCUGGAAAUGGCAAAGAGGGAGCUUUCCAGGUAUGAGCAUGCAGAAAAGCAGGAGGUCAACCAGGAACACCUUCUCCUUUGCCGUCUUCAGAAAGAGCAGGUUAAGUCCAGACUAUUAGGCAGAGAGGUGGAUAGCUUGAAAGAGAAACUCCAGAAGCUGAUGGGAACCGAGGAGUCCAUCAGCAGAGUUCAGACAGAUCACUCCACGCUGCAGAGAAAACUGACCCAGCAGGAAGCCAGGAACAGAGAGCUGGCCGAAGAGAUGAAGGAACUGUGUAGUGAGCUUGACAGGUAUAGAAAAAUCAAGAAUCUUACACCUGGUGCAAACAGACAACAGUUUUCAGACCCUCAUCAGACAACCAAAGAGGUUCAAACUGAGCCAGCAGACAGCUUGCCUCCUGACUACAGUGAGCACAGCAAGAAACUAGCUGAAGAAAAUGAGGACCCAAACCACAAUGCAGAAGUCAUAAACAGAAGAAGCUCCCUAGUCAACAACCUUAACAGCCUGAACAGUGCGAAUAACAACAUAACCCAGUAUAGCAGUCAUUCACCCAAUGGCAUAGAUAUGCACCAAACAGUUAAUGGAGAGGUGAUGAUGUUAACACACACACCCGGGCAGCCCUUGCACAUCAAAGUAACGCCACAUCAUGUACUCAACACAGCCACACUUGAAAUUAGCAGCCCCACGGGAGACACUGCUACAUCCUACACCAGCACAGCUGUCAUUCCAACAAGCGGCGCCUCACCUAAGCAGAGAAUAACCAUCAUCCAGAACUCAGCUCUGUCUGCAGUUAAUACCAAAACCCCACCUUCAAGCCCUGAACGCACAGUCUCCCCACUUAACGGAAUACCCAUCUCUCGGGUGUUAAGUCCAAAUUCAUCACGCUCUGUGACGCCUGACCACAACAACUCCCCCAUUCAGAUCCUAACAGUCAGGACCUGUUCUCCAGAGGCCACAGAGGUUGCAAAUCCGACUGUCUUCUGCAAGACUCUGGAGCGGCGGAGCAGCUGGCAAGAUCAGAAGUCCAACAGCACUGACACGAAUCCCAGUAUCAUCACCACAGAGGACAGCAAGAUCCAUAUCCACCUGGGGAACCCAUAUAUCCAGCCUCUGAGCAGUAUGACCCACAGCAUCCAGCAGCCUGUUGGGCCAUAUUAUCUCCGACAUGAGCAACGGACUCAAGUGCUCGCCAAUGGCUGUCAUGUCAAAGGUGUUGGCAAGAUUACAAGUAGCAUCACUAUAUCCCCCACUACCUCUGCAGCUUCACAUUCCUCAAAUAUUACAGUAAGUGGCCUUUCUGAUUAGGUGAAAAUGUAUAUAUUCUGAACAAACAGUAUUAUGUUCUUAGUCACUUUCCCAGACUAGACAACCCAAACAAUGCACUUCUUCUAAUGAGACCCCAGAGUGUGUUGUAUCUUUUAACAAUCAUCAAAUAAAUGAUUUGUGGUAUUAGUCCUACAGCCUUUGUAAAGCCUACUUGAUGUAUGACCCCACACUUCCUGACUUUAACAACCCUCUCUUGACUGUAUGGCAAGUGUGUCUAAUGCAUGUAUCAGAGCUAAAUGAGAAAUCAUCUCAAACAAAUGUGUGAUGUGCCUUUUCCAAUUUUCUGUCUCUGUCUCAUGUUCUUUCUGUUCAUUAAACGUGGUGUGUUGUAUUUAUUUAUGCACAGUUGGAAUUAGAAAAGACAGAAAAUGGUAGAACCCUGGUGUGAUGUGUUUGCCCCUGCAGGGCCAACUCCACACUGCACACAUCAAACUCUUCCAAAAAAGUAUUGGUGAACUUGUAUCUGUUAAUUAGCCACAUUCUUAAAAUGACGUGAAGAGAGAAAACUAAGAAUUACUGGGAUUGAAAAUGUUUAUCUCUGCUGAGUUUGAUUCAAAAGUCACCGACUAUCUAUAGGAAAGUGUGUGUGUGUGUUUGUGUGUGUGUGAGAGAGAGAGAGAGAAAGUGUGAAACCUAGUUCAAAUAUGCUGGAAAACUCUGCUCAUGUUUUUCUGACACAAUAAAACACCUAGUGGGGGGUGCGGCUGUUCAGGUUUUACGUUGGAUGAACUAGAAAAAGUCUCUUCUAUUUUUAGUAAAAAAUUAUAAACUUAAAUUGUAAGUACUUUAACAAAGUUUGAAAUUGACAUCUGAUAUACGAUUAAAUCCCUUUCCAACUUUUAAAACACAAUUACUGUGCUUUUCCUCAGUGAUUUAUUCAUUUGUUUUAUUUGCCACUUAUGCUGCCACAGCAGGCUAAGCAUUGAGCACAUAUGUCCUGCCGACUAAACCUCCAAAUGCAUAGAUUCAAAGUUUCUGUCAGCAUCAUUUUACAAAAAGUCAUAAAUGGUUGUGCUGAUUUGCUAACUUUGUGAAGAUUUCCUGUAUUCUUUCUCAGACUGUCCUGUUUGUAAAAUGCAUAUGAAAACAUAAAAGGACCAGACUCAAAACUUGUCAGUGGUCAGAGUGUCACUUAAAUGAUUAUCCAUUACAAAACACACAAUAAAAUAAAACAUUUUCUUUUAA